AUGGUACCACCGUCCUCUAACCCAAGAAGGAACCUUCUACAAAGACAUAGAGGAAAGUUGAUCUUUUCCAUAGCUGGAAUUGCUACUUUAUUUACAACAGGCUCCAUUGCCCUUUACUUAUUAAAAAGAUGGCUAUACAAGCAACAAUUGAAAAUCACUAGAGCUCAUUUCCUUAGAGAACAAAUGAAAAGACGCUUCAAUCAAACUCAAGAGGAUUCCUUACACACAGUUUAUGAAUUGCUACCUGUGGUAGAGAUGGUAUUAGAUCAGAAUGGAUUGCAAUUGGACUCAAUAAUUUAUGAUAUCAAGAAUGUAAAGAAAAAUGUUAAAGGUGGUAGUGAAGUUGAACCUACAAAUAAAGAACUGAAGUUCUUAUCAAAGGCUGAAUUAUGGAAUCAAUUGACUUUGAAAAGUAUCAUUAAAUUGGUGACAAUUUCAUAUAUGACAUCGUCCUUGUUUCUAUUAACGAGAUUACAAUUGAAUAUAUUGACGAGAGAGUAUUUAGAAGAUACGAUUAAAAUAAGUGCUGAAAAUGAGAUUAUACCAAAGGAAAAUGACACAUCUUGUUCUGUGACUGGGUGGAUUUCCAACGCUUGGAGUGUUUGGACCGGUCAGAGGUCUUCUGAAUCGACAACUGUAAAACAAAAUGAUGAUACCGAACUUUUACAACAUGAUAAAACUCAAGUAGCAUACAUCAAUGAACAAGCAUUCUUAUCAUUGUCAUGGUGGUUAUUGAACAAGGGAUGGUUUAAUUAUGAGCAAACUAUAGAAACCAUUAUACGAGAAGAAUUCUCAAACUUAAAACCAAAAGAUGAAAUCACAUUAAUUGAAUUCAGUUCCAAAUUAACAAACGUUUUCCAAAAGAUUAACAGAAUAAUUUUAUCUACGGACGGUUCUAAUUUGAAUUUGAAAGCUGUGUUAUUACCAGAUAUUACCAUGGAACAGUUUCUUUUGCAACAAACGUUACCAUCAAAAUCUUUAGUUGUGCUUAAAGAUAAUAAGGAAUUGUUUCAUAAAUUAGUAGGUGAAACAAAGAAGUGCUUAGGAACUAGUGCGUCAUUGAUUGUGUUUGAAACUUUGAUAAACGAAUGCUUUCAAUAUAUCAUGGCAGAUGUUGAAUCCUCAGUAAUAAAGAAGAAGAAAAGGAAACCAACCACUCCCGAUGCUCCUGCUGCGUCUGCAGAAGCUCUACAGAAUAAUGAAGGAGAAGAAGAAGAGAAACAAAAGGAUAUGUUAUCGGAGGAUACAUUCCAAGUGGCAGCUUAUGCGAUAAGUUGUAAAGACUGUAGUAACGUGAUGGUAAAGAAGCCUGAAAGAAAUGAAGAAAAUAAAUUUCUGACGAGACUAGAUUCACUCAAUGUUCUGGAUGAUUUGAGUGCCGGUGUAUUUAGUAAUCUUAGCAUGUAG